AUGACCAAAAAUUCUAGUGACUCUGACUCACUAGACAACCUCGUUGGCAUGUUUGUUAGCUUUUUUGAUCCGAUACCACCAGGUAAACUUUUACAAGCUCCUGAUGAAAAUCCAAGAGAAGAUGACAUCGAACAUCUUCUAGGCCUGUUGCAUUAUUGUUGUUGCAGUGAAUUUCAUUCAAUGGUACCCCAAAGAAAUACUGUUGGAAGAAAAGGUGAGUCCCUAAAAUCUGCAAAAGAGCUCCAAGAAGCCGGGAUCAAAUUCAAGAAGAUUGAGGGACGGAAUAUGUUCAACAUAAGGUUUGUAAAUCGGACAAUGGAAAUCCCAAUUUUAAAAAUUGAGGACGAUACAGAGUGUUUUUUCAGAAAUUUAAUUGCAUACGAGCAAUACCUUCCUGACACUUCAAGGAAUUAUUUCACUGCUUAUCGCAAGUUUAUGGAUCGCCUUGUGAACACCUCAGAAGAUGUCGAAAUACUUACUCACCGUGGAAUUAUUUUAAACCAUUUAGGUGACAAUGAAGCGGUUGCGGCUAUGAUAAACAAGCUCGGCUCCAAUGUCAUAUCAUCUAAUGUAGGUUACAACGAAGUUUAUGACAAUGUGAAUGAGCAUUGCAGGGGGAAAUGGAACUUAUGGUUGGCGAUCUUAAGACGGGAUUAUUUCAACACUCCAUGGGCACUCAUCUCGUUUCUUGCUGCUGUUGUGUUGCUUUUGCUCACUGUGUUACAAACCAUAUUUAGUAUUCAUCCUGUUGGAAAAUAUAACUAG